AUGUGGGAGGCCCGCUCCUCCUCCUUUUGGAGGGCCGUCUUUGCCGAGUUCUUUGGCACCAUGUUCUAUGUCUUUUUCGGCCUGGGGGUCUCGCUGCGCUGGGUCAUCGGCCCUCUUAACGUGCUCCAGGUGGCCUUGGCCUUUGGUCUGGCGGCCGCCACCAUAGUGCAAUCUGUAGGCCACGUGAGCGGAGCCCACAUCAACCCUGCGGUCACCUUUGCCUUCCUGCUGGGCUCUCAGCUCUCCCUCUUCCGCGCUGUCUUCUACAUGGUUGCCCAGGUGUUAGGAGGAGUGGCCGGCGCCGCUGUGCUAUACGGAGUCACGCCAGCAGCGCUGCGGGGUAACCUGGCACUCAACACGAUGCAUCCCAGUAUAAAUGUAGGACAAGCUACCAUUGUGGAGAUCUUCCUGACCCUACAGUUUGUCCUCUGCAUCUUUGCCACCUAUGACGAGAGACGGAAUGGGCGCAUGGGAUCUGUGGCACUGGCUGUGGGCUUCUCCCUCACGCUUGGACACCUCUUUGGGAUUUACUACACAGGAGCUGGCAUGAAUCCUGCCCGGUCCUUUGCCCCUGCUGUCAUCACCCGGAACUUCACCAACCACUGGGUGUAUUGGGUUGGACCGAUCAUUGGCGGUGUGAUGGGCGGCUUUUUGUACGACUUCAUCCUCUUCCCCCGGAUGCGUGGCGUUUCAGAGCGCCUAUCUAUCCUCAAAGGUGACCGGCCGGCUGAAACCAGUGCAGCCCCAGAGCCUCCUGGGGAACCUGUUGAGCUGAAGACGCAAGCACUAUAAACAGUGGUCUUAGGGUGACAAUACCAUAGCACACACACACACCCCUCCUCUGGGGAGAGAGGGGGAAGAAACAACUGGCCCAAUAUACAGACUGUUAUUGCUCCUGGCCAGUAGGAAGUGGUGUCUUAGGAGACACAGAUCCAAAGGGACAGUUUGUUAUCCAGUCUCUCUCUAUCUCU